AGAGCGCAGUGUGUAACGGAACGCAGAGUGUGCAACUCGAGGAAAAGAGCAGACAAACGAGAUAAUCUUAGUUUGUGUAUAUUUUAUACAUCCAUAUAAGUGCGCGCGCAAUGAACCAAACCCCAGUAUCGUGUAUUCCUACUGCCAAGAUGUCAAAGACGAAAAAGAUUCUCGAUGAAGCUCGAGAAAUGCAAAAUCCUGAACUUGAUCUGGCUGAUAAAAAUAUUACUACUUUCGAGGAGAUGCCAGGAUUGCUUAAUAUGUUGAAUAUCACCAGGUUAACUCUUAGUCACAAUAAAAUUCAAAUGGUACCACCUGGACUAGCAAAUCUUAUGAACUUGGAAAUAUUGAAUCUUUUCAAUAAUCACAUUACAGAGUUGCCAAUUUCAUUAUCUCAAAUGCCAAAAUUAAGAAUAUUAAAUGUUGGGAUGAAUCGAUUGGAUGCUUUACCAAGAGGUUUUGGUGCUUUUCCUGUCCUUGAAGUUUUAGAUUUGACUUACAAUAAUUUAAAUGAGAAAAACCUUCCCGGAAAUUUCUUUAUGAUGGAAACUUUGCGGGCUCUUUAUUUGGCCGAUAAUGACUUUGAAUAUCUUCCACCUGAAAUAGGUCAAUUGAAAAACCUACAAAUUUUGGUCUUGAGAGAAAAUGAUUUAAUAGAACUUCCAAAAGAAAUUGGUGAGUUAAGCCGGCUUCGGGAGCUUCAUAUUCAAGGUAAUCGUUUAACGGUCCUGCCGCCAGAAAUAGGUAAUCUGGAUUUAGUUAGCAACAAAGCAGUAUUUAGAAUGGAGUUCAAUCCAUGGGUGACUCCUAUUGGAGAUCAAUUACAAGUGGGAAUAUCUCAUGUAAUGGAUUAUUUGCGCUCCGAAACAUAUAAAUACGUUUACAAUCGGCAUCAAAGUACUAAACCACCACCACCUGCCAUUGAAAAUGAUAAGAGUAAAAAAAUUUCUCGAUUACGAUAAAAAAUCUAUAGAAUCUAUUAAGAAAAAACAACAGUUUAUCAAAAGUUAUCAAAUUUUUUAUUAUAUAAAUAUAUUAAUGGUAACAAACAGUAAUUUUUAUAAUAUAUAUUUAUACAUGACUUUGAUAAAAAUAUUUUAUA